AUGGCGACCUGUGCUGCAAAUCCAGGUAUUGGAGGUGCCAGCACAGCACUCACCAUUCACAAUAGAGAAGACACAGUGAUUACCCAGCUUGGAAACGCUGUCUACCUCAAUGAACUGUAUCUGGCGCGGUCCUUCACCGGUGCGGCUGCCGCAAAUGAUUGUCAAAGUGGACCAUCUGCUGCCUUUCGGUUUAGCGCUGUCAGCGGAGAGUUGCUCGCCUGGUACAAGCAAAAUGUUUUCGGUCAUUGGAUGGUUGUAAACGAGGAUCGGCACUUGACGACACGCCUUCUCUUGAAAGGAUGGAAGGUAGUCUUUGUAUCCGACGUGAUGACUGCUACCGAGUCACCCACAACAUUCCGAAGAUGGUUGCUGCAGCAGGUUUGCUGGGCUCGAGUGGUCCACGUCGAAAGCUUUCACUGA